AUGAAUCACUAUAACGAGACUAAAAUCAUCAUUCAAGUGUUAGGGGCAGGUCAAACGGUUGGAAGAUCUUGCGUAAUUGUGGAACUGGAAAAUCGACGAGUGAUGUUUGAUUGUGGUUCGCACUUAGGGUAUAAAGAUGAAAGAAAAUAUCCUAAUUUCAACAUCCUUGUUGGUGAGAAUGAUUAUAACCCAUUGGUAGAGGAAGAAAAAAAAGGAAUGGAAGAAGGAAAUGUGUAUGAACACCAUUUGAACACAGAGGUGAAUAUAAGCAUAGUGAAUAGCAGCAUUUCUAAUAAAGAAAAAUUAAUAAAUAAUUUGAAGAGGAUAAAUGAAAUAAUAGAUUGUGUAAUAAUUAGUCAUUUUCACAUGGAUCAUAUAGGUGCAUUACCUUUUUUUACAGAAAUUUUAAAAUAUAAAGGGACUAUAAUUAUGAGUUAUCCUACCAAGGCAUUAAGUCCAAUUUUAUUAUUAGAUGGAUGUAGGGUUGCAGAUAUAAAAUGGGAGAAAAAAAACUUAGAAAGGCAAAUAAAAAUGCUUAAUGAAAAAUCAGAUGAAUUGUUAAAUUAUAAUAUAAGUAGUUUAAAAAAGGAUCCAUGGAACAUCAAUGAAGAAAAUAUACAUUCCUGUAUUUCCAAAGUUAUUGGAUUACAAAUUAAUGAAACAUAUGAAAUGGGGGAUAUGUCCAUUACACCUUAUUAUGCAGGGCAUGUAUUAGGUGCAUGUAUAUUCAAAAUAGAAGUAAACAAUUUUAGUGUAAUUUACACUGGUGAUUAUAACACAGUCCCAGAUAAACAUUUAGGGAGUACUAAAAUACCAUCACUAAAUCCUGAGAUAUUUAUUUCUGAAUCAACGUAUGCCACAUAUGUGAGACCGACUAGAAAAGCAUCCGAAUUGGAUUUGUGCAACAUGGUACAUGAAUGUGUGCACAAAGGAGGAAAGGUUUUAAUUCCAGUUUUUGCUAUUGGAAGAGCACAAGAAUUAUCUAUAUUGUUAGACACAUAUUGGAAAAAAAUGAAAAUUAAUUAUCCCAUAUAUUUUGGAUGUGGAUUAACAGAAAAUGCAAAUAAAUAUUAUAAAAUAUAUUCCUCAUGGGUUAGUAGUACAUGUAUUUCAACAGAUAAAAAAAAUUUGUUUGAUUUUACGAACAUUUCUCCGUUUGUGAACACUUACUUAAGUCAAAAUAGACCUAUGGUUUUAUUUGCCACACCUGGAAUGUUACACACAGGAUUAUCAUUGAAAGCUUUUAAAGCAUGGGCUGGUUCAUCUCAGAAUUUAAUUGUCUUACCAGGGUAUUGUGUUCAAGGUACUGUAGGUCACAAAUUAAUUAUGGGAGAAAGAAAAAUAUCUUUUGAUGGAAACACAUAUAUAAAUGUUGCAUGCAGAAUUAUUUACUUAUCUUUUUCAGCUCAUGCAGAUUCGAAUGGUAUACAACAACUUAUAAGACAUGUAGUUCCAAAGAAUGUUAUUUUUGUACACGGAGAAAAAAAUUCAAUGGAAAAAUUAUCGAAACAUAUAUCUACACAAUAUUUAAUUAAUUCUUUUUGUCCCUCAUUGGGUCAAUAUUGUGAGUUCAACUUUUCAAAAGGAGCUAUGGAUCAUGUGUAUAUUCAUCACGCACUUUAUGAACAUAUAAUUCGAAAAUUAAAAGACAAAAAGGAGGGAAAUACCCUUCUGUCUAAUACAAAAACCAAUUAUACAUAUAAAGGAGACGAUUUCCAAUCCUCAUUCUAUGAUUCUACUUUUUCUGUUUCUUUCUAUUCAUAUAUUAUCUACUUCAGUAUUAGAGAAAAGCCUUUCCUUUUCUUUUUCCCAAAACGAGAACUCCUGAAGGAGUUGAAAGAAAGGAAUUUUUCCUAUAAAAUUUGUCGAAAUAAUCAAUCGUUCAGCAUAUCUAACCUCUUCUCUUUUAAAAGUUCAUAUUCGUGUAGCGAUUCUGAAGAAAAUUCCAAAUUUUUCUUAAAAAAAUGUAGUGUUAAAAAGCAAGACAUACAGAAUUGUAGUACUUCUCAAGCGACUUGUAAUGUGAACAUUGAAACGGUUAAGAAAAAUGGAGAAGAUCAAAGAAUGGAAGAAAACAUGAGUUAUUCCGCUGAAUUAUGUACAAGUAGUAACGUGGGUGGUGCAUAUGAUACCCAGGGUGGUGAAACGCAGGAGUUAUCUCUUUUUGAUCAGUUUGUGCAAAGAGGAAAAAGGAAAUUCGAAGAUAUGUCCAGAAUGGAAGGUACAUUAGAAGAAGGAGAAAAAGACCCUAAGGGAUGUACAACCGACUGUAUAAGUAAAAAAUACUCCCAUGCAUCUAUGAAUUGUCUGUAUUUUCCUGUUAGCGAAAAAAACAUGUUCACCCAAGAGGGUUCAUGUAAAGUUGAGAAAAGUACUACAGGCUUAAAACCAGGCGAUGAUUCAAUCUUGUUCUUGUCGGAAGAGGAGGAGAAUGAAAGCUAUAUAGAAAAUUCAAACCGCUUACAAAAUCAAUCAAGAACCGAGUAUCAUAAAGAUGACAGUGCAUUAGGUAGGAGGAACAAUUUGAGUAACUUCAUGAGUAAGAGGAAUAACUAUGUGAUGGAAGAAGAAAUAAUAACCUUACCAUUGAUUAACUUGCGGUUCAAGGAAAAUAUCACUAUAAGUUAUCAAAAUUUUUACAAUUUCGUUAUUACCUUUUUUCAAGAAAUUUUGAAUAUGAAAAAUAAAAAUAAUAUUCGUUUUCUGGGUGAAAAGGUGAUUAUAAAAAAUGUAAAACAUCAUGUUGGUUAUUUUUUUCUCUUAUCCUUUAUGUCACUAAGAGCUAUUCACGAUGGUGAAAAUUCUCUGUUUAUUCAAUGGUCAUAUGUGGAUGAUGCUCCUGGAUCAGUAAUACAAAAAUUUAUAGAAUCCAUUCGUAAAUAUGCUGAAUGA